AUGGACGCCACUGUUUCGGGGAUCCCAAUUGGGACAGGUGGUCCAAUAUAUACGCUGUUGGUGACGGCUAACGUAGGAAGUUUGUUCGAAGAUCCCACACGAUUGUUACAACCUUGGUUGGAAGCCUUCUUGCAGAAAGUAUGCGAAAUCAAACCACAAUUUUUGGCAUUACAUCUACAAGAAGUAGGUGGCAAAACUUACGAAAAAUCCACUCAACACGUGCAAGAAUUUAUAAAACUAUUGUGUGAGGCUUCUACAAUGCAAGACUUAAAUAUCGUGCGUAUAUAUUUGGAUGAAGAUUUUAAUACUGCGGCAAAUUUUACGGCACUUGGAAAUAUUUACUUUAUUCACAAAAAUUUUCAAAACGUACGACUUUGGAAUUUUUUUACUCGUACCUGGGAAAAUGCUGAAGGAAGAGAUAUUUAUUCAGGCAACAUAGAAACUGUAUCUAGUAAGGAGAAGUCCAAAUUUCCGCAACAUUUCUUUCCUGAGUGUAAAUGGUCCAGGAAGGGAUACAUGCGUACUCGUUGGAAUAUUAAUGAUACAGUGUUUGAUCUAGUCAACAUACACCUUUUUCAUGAUGCUUCAAAUUUAGCUGCAUCCGAGGAGUUCCCAUCAGUUUAUUGUAGAACAAGAAGAAGAGCAUUAGUGCAUACAAUUGAAAGGUUUCACCUGGAUGAAGAAAAUGGAUUAGUCCCAUUUUUUAUAUUUGGUGAUUUUAAUUUCAGAUGUGAUGCGUCAGGAGUUAUCAAGGAAUUAACUGAAAAUCUCACCGCCCACCGUGUCCAGAGUACCAAAAAUGACAACACCAAAAUUUAUUAUAGGAAUUCUGACGGAGACAACAUAUUGACCAUUGGUAAAAAGGAAUUCAGUCAUGCUGAUCACCAAUUAAAGUUUAAGGAACCGUGGUUAAAAAAAUUUGAUCGUGAAUUGGAACCUUUGCAAGAUUUUCUACAUGAAUUUGAGAUUGAUUUCCCUCCUUCAUAUCCGUACAUGGAGGAUCCAGAAUUGCCAACAAAUUUCAUGUUUACACGCUGCCCAUCAUGGUGCGACCGAAUACUGAUGAACCCAGAAGCGCGUCUAAUUAUAGAUGAAGAUCUAUCUCCAAAUACGUACAAUAUAGUUGGAGAAAAUGUCUGUAUGGGCGAUCACAAGCCUGUAUUUUUACAUAUUUGCAUCAAACCGAAGCAAGGUUCAUCUAAUCAGCCGGUUCAAAUUCAAGUGGAAAAACUUCAAAAGAUUAUGAACGAAUCUGUAAAUGAUGACGUAAUUUGGGUCGAACAGAGUCAUGUAGACGUUGACAAGAUCUCAGAAAUAUCUUGUAAAUCCCGGUAUGUUAAUCUACGUUCUAUAACAAAUAUGGAUGGUGAUAACGAGGCUGGUGAAGUGUCGCAUGCAGAGGAGGAAAAUAUAGAAUUUUUCAAUAAAGUGCAUCCUAUAACUAUUGUAAAGGAAACCACUGUCUAA